AUGUGGUCAGCCGAUGUAAACAACAACCUAUCCAACUAUCCGAAUGGAGUCAAUUGGUCAACUUUUAAUUCCGGAAAAACUGAUGAGGUUUGAUUUAAAAAUGACUUUUUCAUUAAAAUUCAAAAUAAUUUCGAACUUUUAGUAUAAUUCAUAUCAACUUUUGGGUCAAAUGAAUGCACAUGCCAGAGGCUUGUACGUGAAUACACCAUCAAUGUCCGCCAGCUCAAGUGAAAUUUCACCGCCAAUUAGGAGGAAGAAGAAACCUUGUCCAGUGCCGGCCGAAAAGAAGGAUGAUGUAAGUUGGUUAACAAUAUUCUUUAGUAGAGUUGUAAUUAUAUGUUAACUUUUUACAAAACAAGAGACGAGAAGACGUAUUUUACAAUAAUAUUGCUCAUGUUAAGUCCAUUUUUUCACAAAGUUAGCAUAAGAGACUGCGUUUAAUUUUGACAAAACAUAUUUUUGGUAACUUGGAAGAAAAGAUUUUUGAGUUUUUUAUACUUUGCAGUUUGUUUUGAGUACGGACAAACCUUGUAGUCAAUUUAUAGUGGAACUCUUGUAUAUCAAAACCGCUCUAUAACGUUCAACUUUCCUUCGCCUACUACACAAUGCAUUUAAAUCACUUUAAAUUUUUUAUAACCAGCAAAUCUAAAACUUUUUUGUUAUUGCGUUUUAGUGUAUAUGUGUAGGAGCGCACUUAGGACUUAGUACGCGACCCUUGAGCUCUUUGCCAGUAGCAUCCAGGGCCGGGCGGGGACCUUUGGUCUGGGGGCGGGGGUCCAAAAAAUCCACAGGGGGAUCACGUUCAGCUUUUUUUUCAAAAAAUUUUUUUCCACUCCCGAAAAACGCCUGGCCAGUGGGCCUACAUUGAUGAUUUUCAAGAUGGAACAAUAUUUUUUCGACACAACGAUAUUAGAGCAAUAUUUUUACUGAGCCUUGUCGGUUUUAAGCGCGCAGUUCAAUAUAUUAUACUAAAACUAAAAAACUUUGUUAUCACAAAAACAUUUUUUGUUUUUUUUAAAGAACUACAAAAUUUUUUAAUUUGCAAAAAAAAUUUUAUUUUUGAAAAAAGUAUUUUUCAAAACAUUUCGAAAAAAAUGUUUUAGGCUUAUGUUCAACGACGACAAAAGAAUAACUUGUCAGCACAAAAGUCUCGAGAAGAACGGAAAAAACGAGAGGCUGAGAAAGACGCCAGAAUCAAGGUAGGACAAUAAUUUUUUUUUAAAGUAUAAAGGUUUAAACUUUGUAUUAUUCUUAGACUAUUUGUCUUUAAAUUAUAAUAAAACUCUCAUUGUUACAGGAGCUGGAAAUGCAAGUAGCCCAACUCUGUCAGCAAGUGUUUUUCCUUCAAACCGAAAACGCCAAGUACAAAUGUCACUUAUUACAGUACGGAAGCGCUGUGCCUGACUCAAUGAACUCGACUAUGAACACCUCAAUGAAUAGUACAGCAUUUACUCCUCCAAAGUUUUCUGAUCUAACUUAUUAG